AUGGGGUCUUGGAGGCAUUUGCGAGUGGCAGAUCUUAUCCUGGCUGCAUGGGGAGUGUCUGUGGGGCAUGCCAGUGGUGACAGUGUGCAAAGGCUGUACCAAUGGUCUCCUCAUCAGCCAGCACUCCGGAGACGUCGUGUCCUAACAGAACCGAGGGAAUGUGACUAUUCCUUCUGGACUGACCUGCAGGCCUGUGGCCAGCGCAUUGCUGGCAGUGCUGCCAUGCCUGCAGCAGCUGCACAUUGCCCUCCGCAAUGGGAUCAGGGACAAUGGGAGCCGCUGGUGGAGCGCGAGGCUGAAGCCAUGGAGAGGUUUGAUGUGAGGGUAAAAUGUUUAAGGGCUGUACUCGCACCUCACAUGGUCUUUGUUGUUUUCUCCUGUGUCUUUUCCGUGCCGCCCUUUGACCAGAACUAUGAGGAGCACUCAGGCAUCAUGGAUUUGUGCACCUGCCCUGCCAUGGAGGACAGUCUCAUUUCCCUACCCUUUGCCUUUGCACAGCUCCCAUGUCCCUGCGACAGCCCCGUGGUGCAUCCCAUCCCUCCCACUGAUGCCAUUUUGUUGCACACAGCCGGGCCGGCCCUGUGCUAUGAGCACGAGACGCGCCUGGUCGACGACCUGUUCCGGGACUACAACAAGGUGGUGCGCCCUGUGGAGAAUCACCGCGAUGUUGUCGUCGUCACUGUGGGGCUGCAGCUCAUUCAGCUCAUCAAUGUGGAUGAAGUAAAUCAGAUUGUAACAACCAACGUACGCCUGAAGCAGCAAUGGACAGACAUCAACCUGAAGUGGAACCCAGAUGACUAUGGUGGCGUGAAACAAAUCCGCAUCCCAUCAGAUGACAUCUGGCGCCCGGAUCUUGUCCUUUACAACAAUGCGGAUGGUGAUUUUGCCAUUGUUAAAUACACCAAGGUCCUUCUGGAACAUACAGGAAAGAUCACCUGGACACCUCCUGCUAUCUUUAAAAGUUACUGUGAAAUUAUAGUCACAUACUUCCCAUUCGAUCAGCAGAACUGUAGUAUGAAGCUGGGAACGUGGACAUAUGAUGGUACAAUGGUGGUUAUCAACCCGGAGAGCGAUCGCCCUGAUCUGAGUAACUUCAUGGAGAGUGGUGAGUGGGUGAUGAAGGACUACCGUGGCUGGAAGCACUGGGUUUACUAUGCCUGCUGCCCCGACACUCCCUACCUGGACAUCACGUACCAUUUCCUCAUGCAGCGCCUGCCGCUCUACUUCAUCGUCAACGUCAUCAUCCCCUGCCUGCUCUUCUCCUUUUUGACUGGGUUUGUUUUUUACCUACCCACAGAUUCAGGUGAGAAAAUGACCCUCAGCAUCUCUGUCUUGCUGUCAUUGACUGUGUUCCUGCUGGUCAUCGUGGAGCUGAUUCCCUCUACCUCCAGUGCAGUGCCUCUGAUAGGCAAAUACAUGUUGUUUACCAUGGUGUUUGUCAUUGCUUCCAUCAUUAUCACUGUCAUCGUCAUCAACACCCACCACCGCUCUCCCAGCACUCACACCAUGCCACACUGGGUCAGGAAGAUCUUUAUUGACACAAUCCCAAACAUCAUGUUUUUCUCUACAAUGAAACGACCAUCCAGGGAUAAACUAGACAAGAAAAUUUUUGCAGAAGAUAUUGAUAUUUCUGAAAUUUCCGGGAAGCAAGGUCCUGUGCCUGUCAAUUUCUACUCCCCACUUACCAAAAAUCCAGAUGUGAAAAAUGCUAUAGAGGGAAUCAAAUACAUUGCGGAAACGAUGAAGGCGGACCAAGAAUCCAGUAAUGCGGCUGAUGAGUGGAAGUUUGUUGCAAUGGUGCUCGAUCAUCUUCUCCUUGUAAUAUUUAUGCUAGUCUGCAUUAUUGGAACAUUAGCUGUAUUUGCUGGUCGCCUUAUUGAAUUAAAUCAGCAAGGAUGAACAUCAAAUGGAAACUAUUCACUGCCUGGGCUGGGACUGGAAAGCAUCUUAACUGCUAAAACCUGGCCAGCCAUGGAAGUUCCCCUGGGACCGAGCAGGGAUACAAAAAUGUGCUUAGCACUUCAGAGCUUCUGCUUGGUGCUGUUUCACUGCCAAAAUGACACGCUUGCUCUACUGCUAGACUGAAUGGCUGUCAGCCAGAUUUGGGUCCAUUUUACCAUUUAUUAGGAAUGUUAACAUGUUAAUAAGACCAUCUGACUUUGUUAUCCACAAAUACGAUUCUAGUGACAUCAAUAGCAGUAAUAAGUUCUAUCUGAGCUGCAAAUCUGUAUCCAGCUUUAGAGCAGCUUUCAAGCUGGUUUCAAUAUCUGCUCUGUGAUUUUUGUACUGGCAGUGCCACAAAUGCCUCUUGUAACACAGGCUGUAGCCAGCAGAAGUAUCUCAAGCUCCUUGGUAAAGCAUCUGAUUUCUGUGUACAAAUCAGUAGUGACUGACUCUCGUG